CCCUCAUUUAGCAGUUCCACUGUUUGGAAUCACGCGAAGAGAGAAAGACCUCUUCUCUCGCUCUUAGCUCCCGUACCCUCCACUGUUGUCAGCCCAGGAGUCAUGAAUGGAACCCUGAGAGACAGUAACGUCUCUUCUCCUAAUAAAGCACUGGAUAGAUACAUAGCCCUGUGGAAUUUUACAGCACAGAGACCAGAUGAGCUAAGUUUACAAAAAGGUGACAUACUCCUAGUAGCAGAGACAUUUGAUGAUGGGUGGAUGAGAGGACUCAGAAUAAAAGACUUGGAGAUCGGGUUCUUUCCGCUCAAUUAUGUAUCAGAAGACACCUCACCGAUUUAUAGACUGAGUGAAAUCCCCGUCCGCUCUAUGGAAGACUAUCGUAAUGAUCCUCGUUUCUCUGAAUCUGACUCAUCAAGAAGAUCAAAAAUAGCUCUGGAAAUGUAUACAUCAGAGGAAACUUAUCUGAGGAAGCUAAGAAUGCUGAAUGAAAAAUUUGUCGAGCCACUCAAAUCACUGACUGUCAUUCCUCACGAAGACUAUGGGCCUAUCUUUUCUCAUAUACAACCACUCCUGAGUCUUAGUGAGAGUCUUAAUGUUCAGCUAAAGUCAAGAAUGGAAGGUUGGGAUGAUAAGCUGACUCAUAUCGGAGAUGUUUUUGUUCAAAUGGGAGCACAUUUUAAACUGUUUAUGACGUAUGCAGUCCACCAUACCAUUGGAAGACAGGUUUUGAUGAAAAUAUCAAAGCAGGACAAGUUUCAGAAGUGGCUAGAGAAGACUGAGCUCGAGUGUCAGAGAACUCUUGAUUCUCUCUUGCUGGAGCCCAUUCAGAGAGUCCCGAGAUACGAGCUUCUCCUUAAAGAUCUUUUAAAACAUACCCCCGAGGAUCAUUGUGAUCACACUGCAGUCAAAGACGCACUAGUCCUCAUACAGAAAAUUGCAACUGAUUGUAACGAGAACAUAAGACGAGCUGAGAAUGAGUUGAGGUUGUUUGCUAUUUCUAAAAGAUUCCCUAAUGAGGAUGUGGACAUUGUCCAGGCCAAGAAAUAUUUCAAGAGAUCUCGAAAAGAAGGAGCCACUUUAAAGAAAAGAAAGCCUUUACUGGAGACUGGGCCAAGAGACAGUCUUAGUUUUAAGUCAUUCUUUGAACUAGAGCACCAAAGGCAAUUCAUUAAAGAGGGUACAAUAUACAAGACUAGUAAUGACUUCAGUGAUUCAAUCGAUAGAUACAUAUUCCUAUGCAGUGACGUGAUCCUCAUUGCACAGGCGACAAGUAAGAACAAGCGUUCCUUCAGACUCAAAGAGAGAGUAAUGCUUGUCCAUGCUUGGAUCAGUGACACAUUUACUGGCAGUUCAUCGACUAAUCCUCACAUACCAGACAAAGGCUUUAUUCUUGGCACUCCUAAUAAGUUGUAUCGGUUUGUGGCUUCCACAGUAGAAGAGAAAGACUCGUGGUAUAAUGAGAUACACAGGCACAUUCUAGCACAGAAGCAACUCUUUAGUAAAUUGAUUAUUCAUUUGGGUAUACCAGAUGAGGUGUACUAUUGUGCCCAUGUCAAGUCCAAAAUCAGUUAUUUGGGGAUGCUUAAGGACGAAUUAAGUUUCAGAGCUGGUGAUGAGUUGUCUAUCAUUGGUUUUAAGGACACUAAUGACAGAUGGAAGCCAGGUCUGUAUUCUUCAGAGGAGCCAUUUGAUCCUUCUCCUGAUUGGUAUCUUGGGAUCAUUGAUGAUAAUUUUGGUUGGUUUCCUUCGCAAUGUGUCUCCAGUCAUGACAAUAAACCAUUGGAACCAUCAAAUGAUGAACUUACACCUGCUCCCAUGUACAUGAUACUGAAUAUGAAGCAAAGGAUGGUUGAUGUGACUGGGAGGGAAAUACCGCCACUGAGAGACAGUGAGAGGGUAGCUAGAGUAUACACUGGGGAUGGAGUCUUUAAGACUUUGAGGAUACCAGUUGGUAGUACGAUUGAAGAUGUGGUCAGGAUGUACUUUAGAGUUGAGAGUGAGCUCCACUUGCAAUGGACCCUUGUCGAAAUGUCGCUAGAUGAAACUGUUCAAAGGCCAUUGGACCCUUUUGAAGAUCCCAGUCGUGUUGUAGACUUCUGGGGAAAAAACAAAGAUCAAAUGAAAUUCUUUCUCCGUCAGACAGUGUUAUCAACAAUGGCAGAUUAAAACUAUAUUCAUUAUCGCUUAUUUUGAUUAUUUAUUCUCCGAUUUGUCUCAUGCACAAACACACACACAAAGUAUUUGAUAUGUACCAUAUUUUGAUCUGUACCAAUACUUUUUAUUAUAGUAAAAACUCAAAAGCUCACCUGUA